AUGAAACCUUCUGGGGUCACUGAAAAGCAAAUUAGACUUAGAGACUUCCCUUUCUCUCUCAAGGAUGCAGCGAAAGAUUGGCUAUACUACCUAUCCGCAGGUAAUAUCACCACAUGGGCACAGUUAAAAAAGAAGUUUCUAGAAAAAUUCUUCCCUGCAUCUCGGGCUGCGAGUUUGAGGAAGGAGAUAUGCAGCAUCAAGCAGUACCCCGGGGAGUCCUUGUAUGAUUAUUGUAAAAGGUUCAAUAAGUUGUACACUAGAUGCCCGCAGCAUCAAAUUAGUGAACAACUAUUAAUCCAAUACUUCUAUAAAGGGCUCCAGUCAUCUGGCAGAAGUAUCAUUGACGCUGCGAGUGAAGGAGCACUGGCAAAUAAAACACCAAGGGAAGCAUGGGAGCUCAUUGAAGCAAUGGCAAAAAAUUCUCAGCAAUUUGGCUUCCGUGAGACCGUGGGGAAUAUGCAACGAGCGAAUGUCUGUGGAGUUUGUACAAGUAUGGACCAUUCCACAAAUGCAUGUCUCAUUUUGCAAAGAGAUGGAGCUGAACAUGUAAACUUGGCAGGAGGUGUGUCCGCGCCCCGUAAGCAGUAUGAACCGUACUCCAACACGUACAACCCAAGUUGGAGAGACCAUCCCAAUUUCAACUACGGGAAUAGGCAGCAAAAUUCAUUUGAAAAUCGCUCUCCAAGAUUUCAACAACCAUGGCAACCAAAACCUCAGCCUCCGUCUACAGAUUCAGGAGAUUCUUUGGCAGACAUUAUCAAGAACCUGGCCAUAAAAGAUAUGGAGACUCCAAUGAGCCAAAUGGCAACUGCCAUUAAUCGCCUGGAGUCUCACGAUUUUGGAAAAUUGCUAUCACAAUCCGAGACAAAUCUAAAAAAUGGAAGUGCCAUGACACUGAGAAGUGGCAAGGAAGUAGAGGGACCUAAGUUGGCGAAUCCAAAAGGUAAAAGUGAAGAAAAAAUAGAAAAGAAGAUUGAAGACGAAGGGCACAUUUAG